GCGUGACCCGUGAGUCACGUGGUUGGGGCGGGGGGCGGGGCUGCCAGUGCCGCCGUGAGUGUUGUUGGCUGCGUUGCUCGGUGCCGUGUCCGUGCGGCGUGAUGCAGAACGUCAUCAACACGGUGAAGGGGAAGGCCCUGGAGGUGGCCGAGUACCUCACUCCCGUCCUCAAGGAAUCCAAAUUUAAAGAAACUGGAGUCAUUACACCUGAGGAAUUUGUCGCAGCUGGUGAUCACUUAGUUCACCACUGUCCUACAUGGCAAUGGGCUUCAGGAGAAGAGCUAAAAGUCAAGGCUUAUCUGCCAACAGACAAACAAUUUUUGGUAACUAAAAAUGUACCGUGCUAUAAAAGGUGCAAGCAGAUGGAGUACUCAGACGAGCAGGAAGCAAUUAUAGAAGAAGAUGAUGGUGAUGGGGGAUGGGUAGACACCUUUCACAACGCAGGUAUAGUGGGUGCAACAGAAGCAGUUAAGGAGAUCACGCUAGACAGUAAGGAUAAUAUAAAAAUACCAGAGCGAUCAGUAUCCUGUGAAGAUGAUGACGAGGAAGAUGAAGGAGAAGCUGCAGAUAUGGAAGAGUAUGAAGAAAGUGGGCUACUGGAGACAGAUGAUGCAACACUUGACACAAGACAGAUUGUAGAAGUUAACAAAGCUAAAGUUGAUGUUGGAGGAGAAGAUGCUAUUCUACAGACUAGAACUUAUGACCUCUACAUCACUUACGACAAAUAUUACCAAACUCCAAGGCUCUGGUUAUUUGGAUAUGACGAGCAACGGCAGCCUUUAACAGUAGAGCAUAUGUAUGAAGACAUUAGUCAAGAUCAUGUCAAGAAAACCGUGACCAUUGAAAAUCAUCCUCACCUUCCUCCACCUCCCAUGUGCUCAGUUCAUCCAUGCAGGCAUGCGGAAGUGAUGAAGAAAAUAAUAGAGACUGUUGCAGAAGGUGGAGGAGAACUUGGAGUUCACAUGUAUCCUUUUUCACUAUUGCAUGAUAUUUGUAAGGAUUUCUCUCAGUGUGUUUCAGAACAGCAGCUAACUCCUUUUACUGGGCCACUGAAACUGAGAAGAAGCCUGCUUUCCCUACAGCUACAGGAAGGUAGCUAGGAAUUAGCCUUGCUAGGUUCAGUUCACCUUGGCAUUUGUUAGUAACAAAUGUUAAGUUGGUAAAUGGCAUCGUAUGUUUUUGUGUGAUAUUUGUAAGAGUUAUCGAAAGUAACUUCUGGUUCCCUGCUUUAUCUCGAAAAAGUAAGACUAGAAUGUUUGGGCAAGCACCAGAUGCUAUUAAUGGAGAUCAGCUGUAUUAAUUUCCCGGUCUCUGACUGUAUGAUUUCAAAGUGCUGUUUUCCUGUUAGCAAGAACAGUUGAAUGAAAUAUUGUAUGUGACAUCUUGUUUAUUUUGUGGGAUUUCCAGCUACUGCAACUC